AUGGCAUGCUCCACAUGCCGCUGCUUGCAGGAGCACACCCGUGCGACUCUCACGACCAUGAACUCGAGCGUUGCGAGCCCACCGCCCCCAGGACCUCAACCCAACUUCGUAAACCCGCCCAACCUCCUUAACCAAGUCAUCGCAGCGACCGUCUCCGUCCAAGCCAUAACCCUCCUCUUCAUCCUCAUCCGCCUCUACGAAAACAUCUACGCCCGCCUCCUCCGCCCAGAAGACAUCUUCUCCUACACCGCCUGGCUCGCCUUCAUCGCCCAGGCCACUUUAAUAUGCAUCAACACCACACAUGGCAUCGCACGUCACAUAGGCGACGUGCCUGUGCCUACCCUCAUCGCAGGCUCCCGCCGCUACAGCUACAUCUUCAUCUGCUACACCAUCUCGGGCGGCUUCGCCAAAGCCACUAUCUUCAUGCAGCUGAAGCGCAUUUUCACGUCGCCGCGGAUUAGGGAUGCCGUGUACUGGGUUAUUACUGUGAGCCUGGCGCUCAACGCGGUGGCGUACACGACGUUCCUCUUCCUUUACGUCUUUACGUGCUGGCCGAGGGAGAAGAUUUGGACGCCCACUGUGCCGGGGCGGUGUAUGGAUAGCAACAGGUUGAAUAUGGCGAUUGGGGGCCUGAAUACUUUGAGCGAUGUUGAGGCGUUUUUGGUGCCGAUGUGGGCGGUUUGGAAGCUGAGGUUUGAUGUGAGGAAGAAGGUGUCGAUAUUAGCGGUUUUUGCGGUGGGGGGGCUGUAA